AGUAGUAUAUAUAAAAGGACACACAAACUCACACACCCCGAGGGAGAAGAGAGUGGCGACGCAAUUCUCUCAUCAUCAAUCAAAAACCCUAACCUCGCGUGCUCUGUCGCCCCUUAUCAUCUUCAUUUUUUUCUCCUAGCCGCCAUGGAUCCCGGGGUGCAGCAAUCGCAGGUGGCCGCCAUCCUCGGUGCCGAUCCAACUGCUUUCGAGACGCUGAUCUCGCACCUGAUGUCUUCCUCCAACGAGCAGCGUUCCCACGCGGAGACUCUCUUCAACCUCUGCAAACAAAAUGAUCCCGAUAACCUCUCUUUGAAGCUCGCGCACCUCCUCCACUCAUCGCCUCACCACGAGGGACGUGCCAUGUCCGCAAUCCUCCUCCGGAAGCAGCUCACUCGCGAUGACUCCUACCUCUGGCCUCGCCUCUCUCCACAGACGCAGUCCUCCCUCAAAUCGCUCCUCCUCUCCUCGAUUCAAACUGAGAACUCCAAAUCAAUCUCCAAGAAACUUUGCGACACCAUAUCCGAACUUGCCUCUGGAAUUCUACCGGAUAACGAUUGGCCGGAACUUCUCCCUUUCAUGUUCCAGUGCGUGUCUUCCGAUUCCCCUAAGCUUCAGGAAUCUGCGUUCUUAAUCUUCGCCCAGCUAUCGCAGUACAUCGGCGAUUCUCUCACUCCUCACAUCAAGCACCUUCAUGAUAUCUUCCUACAGUGCCUCACCAAUCCAUCCGUUAAUCCUGAUGUCCGAAUUGCUGCGCUUAAUGCUGUUAUUAAUUUCAUUCAGUGCCUCUCCGGGUCCGCCGAUCGUGACCGGUUCCAGGACCUGCUGCCCGCAAUGAUGCGCACUUUGACUGAGGCUCUUAAUUCUGGCCAAGAGGCCACUGCUCAAGAGGCGCUCGAGCUUCUCAUCGAGCUCGCGGGCACUGAGCCAAGGUUUUUGCGGCGGCAGCUUGUGGAUGUCGUUGGCGCCAUGUUGCAGAUUGCCGAGGCCGAGUCCUUAGAGGAGGGAACUCGGCAUUUGGCGAUUGAGUUUGUGAUCACUCUCGCCGAGGCAAGGGAGCGUGCCCCUGGAAUGAUGAGGAAGUUGCCGCAGUUUAUUAGUAGGUUGUUUGCAAUACUCAUGAAGAUGCUUCUUGAUAUCGAGGACGAUCCUGCGUGGCACAGUGCCGAGACAGAGGAUGAGGAUGCUGGUGAAACCAGUAAUUACAGUGUGGGGCAAGAGUGCUUGGAUAGGCUCUCUAUAUCGUUGGGUGGAAAUACCAUUGUUCCGGUUGCUUCUGAACAGUUGCCCGCUUACUUAGCCGCUCCGGAAUGGCAAAAACGCCAUGCUGCACUUAUAGCACUUGCUCAGAUAGCUGAAGGCUGCUCGAAGGUCAUGAUAAAAAAUUUGGAACAAGUGGUGGCCAUGGUAUUAAACUCCUUUCCUGACCAACACCCCCGUGUAAGGUGGGCAGCCAUUAAUGCCAUUGGGCAACUAUCUACUGAUUUGGGUCCGGAUUUGCAAGUUAAAUAUCACCAAGGAGUGUUGCCAGCAUUAGCUGGAGCAAUGGAUGAUUUUCAGAAUCCUCGUGUACAGGCACAUGCUGCUUCUGCAGUUCUCAACUUCAGUGAGAACUGCACACCUGAUAUUUUAACGCCAUAUUUAGAUGGAAUUGUCAGCAAACUGCUUGUACUUCUUCAGAACGGUAAGCAGAUGGUUCAAGAAGGUGCCUUAACUGCUUUGGCAUCAGUUGCUGAUUCUUCUCAGGAACACUUCCAAAAAUAUUACGAUGCUGUAAUGCCUUAUCUCAAGGCUAUAUUGAUUAAUGCGACUGACAAAUCUAACCGGAUGCUUCGUGCUAAGUCCAUGGAGUGUAUCAGUUUGGUUGGAAUGGCUGUUGGGAAGGAGAAGUUUAGGGCAGAUGCUAAGCAGGUUAUGGAAGUUCUCAUGUCCCUUCAAGUAUCUCAACUGGAGACUGAUGAUCCAACAACAAGUUACAUGCUACAGGCAUGGGCUAGACUCUGCAAAUGUCUAGGACAAGAUUUUCUUCCUUACAUGGAGUUUGUUAUGCCUCCAUUGCUUAAAUCUGCUUCACUUAAGCCCGAUGUAACCAUUACAUCAGCUGAUUCAGACAAUGAUAUUGAUGAUUCUGACGAUGAAAGUAUGGAAACUAUUACUCUUGGGGACAAGCGAAUUGGGAUCAAGACUAGUGUUUUAGAGGAGAAAGCUACAGCGUGUAACAUGCUUUGUUGCUAUGCUGAUGAGCUGAAGGAAGGAUUCUUUCCAUGGAUUGAUCAGGUCGCUGGAAUUUUAGUUCCACUCCUUAAAUUUUAUUUCCAUGAGGAGGUCAGGAAGGCAGCUGUUUCAGCAAUGCCGGAGCUAUUGCGAUCUGCAAAGUUAGCUAUAGAGAAGGGGCAAUCUCAAGGUCGAGAUUUAUCCUAUUUGAAAUUUUUGACUGAUAGUGUAAUCCCUGCUCUGGUGGAAGCAUUGCACAAGGAACCUGACACGGAGAUUUGUGCAAGCAUGUUGGAUUCAUUAAAUGAAUGCUUACAGAUCUCUGGGAUGCUUUUGGACGAAAGCCAGGUCAAAUCUGUUGUUGACGAGAUUAAGCAGGUGAUCACAGCUAGUUCAAGCAGAAAACGGGAGAGGGCUGAGAGGACCCAAGCUGAAGAUUUUGAUGCCGAAGAGGGAGAACUUAUUAAAGAGGAAAAUGAACAAGAGGAAGAAGUUUUUGACCAAGUGGGUGAGAUAUUGGGAACUUUGAUCAAAACCUUCAAAGCCUCCUUCUUACCUUUCUUUGAUGAACUGUCGUCAUAUUUGACACCUAUGUGGGGAAGGGACAAGACUCCUGAAGAGAGAAGGAUUGCAAUUUGUAUUUUUGAUGAUGUUGCAGAGCAGUGUCGUGAAGCUGCUAUCAAGUAUUAUGAUACAUAUCUCCCAUUCCUGUUGGAAGCCUGCAAUGAUGAGACUCCUGAUGUCAGACAGGCUGCUGUCUAUGGCCUUGGUGUUUGUGCAGAGUUUGGUGGAUCUGUGUUCAAACCACUGGUUGGAGAGGCUCUUUCGAGGUUAAAUACUGUGAUCCAGCAUCCUAAUGCUCUUCAUGCAGAUAAUGUAAUGGCAUAUGACAAUGCUGUAUCUGCUCUGGGAAAAAUUUGCCAAUUUCAUCGGGACAGUAUUGAUUCUGCCCAGGUAGUCCCCGCAUGGCUAAACUGUUUGCCAAUAAAAGGUGAUUUGAUUGAGGCCAAAGUUGUUCACGAUCAACUUUGUUUAAUGGCGGAGAGGUCGGACAGGGAGCUGCUGGGCCCAAACAAUCAAUACCUUCCAAAAAUAGUUGGAGUGUUCGCGGAGGUUUUAUGUGCUGGUAAGGACCUUGCGACAGAACAAACAGCUGGCCGUAUGGUUAAUUUACUGAGACAGCUCCAGCAAACUUUACCACCCUCUACUUUUGCUUCUACAUGGUCAUCUUUGCAGCCACAGCAACAGAUUGCAUUGCAAUCCAUCCUUUCUUCAUAGUUUUCACUGCCUUUACAAUCCAUCAUUUCUUCAUAGCAUCCUGGCUUGGCAUUUGGUGUAUUGCUCUUCUUGGGAACAAGCUUUUUCCAGUUUGGUGGUCUCUAUUUGUUACUCAUUCUUUUUGCCAUAAGAUGGUUUCCAUCAUUCAUUCUUGCAUGGUGUUUUAUAGCAGCAACAUGGUGGCUUCAGUUUUGAGAAUGCAGAGUCAAUUGUGAUUGGAAAGGGAACUUCCUGUAGAAUGUGUAUAUUAUGAGUGUUAAUAGUCCGAUUGAGUCCAAAAGAGCAUGUUAGGCAAUUGUGGUGUGGGAGCUUCUCGUUCUAUUCCUCUUAUUGUUUUUUCUUACCAUAUCGCGUGAGAAUAUAGGGUUGUCUUUGGGGCAAUUCUUGCAGUUUUGGCCUAUUAUUGUAUUUGUUUUAUUUCAAUAUCAGACAGUAUUAAGUGUACCAUAUGAAAUUUUAAUGCUAUUUAUCCAUUAAGGUUGCAAAA